AUGGAGCAGAAUUUGUCUCGUAGUCACCGCCAGGCACUGCUGACACCGCGGGAAUUUGAGAUUCCCUUUAACACGCCAAACGCGUUCGCGGUCAACUGGUUGCAGCCUGGGUCGCGAGUGCCUGUGUCGGCGCCCGGGGGACGCGAGGGCGGCGCUUCCGUCAUGGGCGUCACUUGGUUGCUACACUGGCAGCCCUCGCCUCCCCCCCAGCCCCCCGGCAGCACAGCCCUCCCGCCCUCAUCCUCCUCACUACUGUCCCUGGCGACCUACACCGAUGUGGCCAAGGCCAUUGAGAGCCUGCCUGCCGUGAGGAAGGGGCGCUGGCAGUGCACGUGCUCGCUGUACCGCCCCAACACACGCGACACGGCAGGGGCGACGCCAUCCCAGUCUGACGUGGCAGCAGCGCGGGAGCUGUUUGGCGUUUCUUUUGCUGACGUGGCGGGGCGGCACUUCCUGGUGUUGCGGCAGGAGCGCGUGGUGGUGGAGGCGGAGAGCACCGUGCAGACGCUCAUGGAGACACUGCAGCUCUACCGCCACCGCCUCUCCAUCGUCUACGAGGGCUUUGAGUAUCUGAUAGGGGACUUUGCCAUGCGCCUGGGCCGCGCCAUUCUCUCCACCAAUGAGGCGCUGCGAGGCAUCGUGGUGGAGAUUGAGUACCUGCCCACCUCCUCCCUCCCCGACGCGCGCCCCCUUCUCCUCGACUUCCUAUCCAUGUGGCACGACCUGGUGGCAGCGCAGGGCCUGGUGGGCCGCUUUGUGCCGCUCGACCCGGCCUUCUCCGACUACUCGCUCGGCGACACCUUCUCGCUGCCCCACAGCGCACUGCAGUUCGUACUCGUCUCCGCGCACCUCAUGGCCGCACGUGCUUAA